GCUUGAUUUAAACUUCAUCAUAUAAAUAUCACAAAAAAACGUGUAAUUGUGUACGAAUAGUGAAUUUUAAAAAGCGUAUACGUAGUAACACAAUCAUACGAAUGAUGUGUGUAUAUAUGAAUUAAUAUCAAUUCGAUUAGCACAUUAGAAAUAAUAGAGUGAGAAGAAAAAACUAACUAAAAAUUCAACGGGAACUGAUUGAGUGCAAACAUUUACAAAAAAUGCAAAUUAUAUUUGGAACAAUUUUAUGUAUUUUAUCGAAAGAUUUAAUACUGACAAGAGCAACUAUCACGUUUAUGCUGAAAAAUUAUAUCAGUUCAAACAGCCUUCAGAAAAUAAAUGUUUCCAUGUAUGCGGAUUUAAACUUCACGCAGUUUAUGAAGGAUAUUUCAAUGUCCGACAAAAAUGAUCAUCAUAUACUAAAUUUCAAAUCUGACUCAAGUCAUUCUGAUGAUAUGACUAUGAGAAGUGAAGGAGAAGUCGGUGAAGUUCCACCUGCAAAUAUUCCUAUCACUCCAGAACCUAUCAAAAACAGUUUGAGCAAGCCAACAUCUCUCAGAGCAUUUGUACAAUUCGACAAUGAGUUUACAAAAAACGAUAUUUUUGUGACAUUGAGAUGGAAUCAACCUGACUUUACCGAUGAACCAAUACAAGGAUAUACAGUGAAAUGUUUUAUCGAAAACUUACAAGAGAUUCAAAUCUAUGACGAUAAGAAUAUCACAACUACAAAAUUGGAACACAUGGUGAACAAUCUAAAACCUAACACGACAUAUUAUUUCCGAGUAUGUGCGCAUACUAAAGUUGUUGCUGGUCCUUACGCGGAUAUCCGUGUGUCAACUAUACAUGAAAAUCCAAUACCUAAAUUAUUAAUCCACACGGUUGACGGUUUCGAAAUAUGGGACCUGGAUUCAAACAUUACUAAAUUCGUAUCGAUGGAAUAUGGAUUCACUUACUCGAUACAAGAACAAAAAAUUUAUUGGUAUAACGAUAAACAUGACCUAAUGACAAUGGAGAUUAAUGAAAAUAAUAUCACAAAAAUGGCUAGCUAUGAUAAAGAUCUAUAUGGUCUCUGCAUUGACUGGGUAGCAAGAAAUCUAUAUUUUAUAAGUAAUAACGAUGAAAACUCAGGAUAAUUGUAAAGUUCGAUAUGACAAUGUGGGAAAAUGGCAUAAUUAAAUUUGAUGAGAUUAUGGAUAUGAAGGCUUAUGGAAAAAUACGUAUGUUACCGUCUAUGGGACUUUUAUAUGCCGUAUCAAAUUCAUUCAAUAACCAAUACGAUAUGAUGAAAUAUCAUCUCGAUGGAAAAAAUGAGCAAAUUGUUCAAAUAAAUUCAUCUAUUAUGUCUUGCCCAUUUCGACUUACAGAACUUGAAAGUUUAACACAAUAUUAUUUACAGUUUACAAUAAUUGAUGACAUGAAUAAAGAGAAGCCGUUAAUUUAUUGGUUAACUGUCAAUCACAUAAUUGUGACAGACAUUAACGUUUCUAUGUGCAAUACGAUUUUACACAAUAAAAACAUAAACAAUACAAGUGAUGGCAUAAUAUUCAAAUCUAUAACAAUUGACAAAACAUACGUUUACAUUUUUGCAACGGAUUAUAAUGCUUACUAUCUCUACAUUUUGGAAAAAAGAUAUGCAAGUCUCAAAAGUGUAAAUGCAAACAAAUAUGUUGAAAAGAUAAUAAUAGAUCGAAAAGAAGAUUAUCAGACUUUAUAUCAUAUUCACGCUUUCGAUAAAUCUUCUCAACCAUAUCCUCCAAUAAAAUGUCUGACACCUGACGAAAAAGUUUAUAAUUUUGAGAAUGUGACUGCAACGACAAACAGCAUUAUUGUAAAUCUUCCGAAGCCGGCUGUAAAGAGUGGAUGCAAAAAAUAUAAUUUACCAACUACUAUAUAUACUAUUUCCGUAAGUUUUGACAACUGUUUAGACAACAAUCUCAACAAGUCUGAAAAAUUCAAUGUGGUGACGUGCGAGCGAUAUUACGAAAUUCAAAACUUAACUCCAUUUACGGAGUACAAAUUGAAGUUUACUUUAAGCAAUUUUUACUUUAAUCAAUUAUCAAUAAAUCCAUUCGAUUCGAAUGUGAUAUCAAUAAAAACUAAUUCAGGCAAGCUUAAUGCAGAAAACGUAAGUGUUCUAGCUUUGACGCCUACUAUAGCAGUAGUUCAUUGGAUGCCACUCAAGAAAGUGAACUGCAUAGCCGUGACCUACGAAGUGCAUUGGAAAUCAGUUACAUUAAUGAACGGCAAGCAACAAAAGAGCAAACAAUUUAUCAAUGUGCCGAAACAUAUGGCAGACGGCAGAUUUUUCACAAAGAUCAACCUGUCGCCAGUACAAGAUUACUUGAUAUACGUACGUGUGUAUCCAACUAAUUUCAGUGAUUUCUACAACGAGAGUUUGAGCAAGAUUGUUCACAUAUACUCAGAACCAAACAUUAUUAUUUUGAGCGAGAUCAACACAAAUAGCAUGAACAUUUCAUGGAUUUCAAACAUCAAUCUGACGAUCUUUUCUGCGCUAGAGUAUAAAGACGUUUCAACAGAAAAAUAGCAA